AGAGGUGUCAUCCAGCCCCAGUGUCACCAUAGCCCUGCACUAUUCAUGAGGGCAAUUGACCAAGGACAGCCACAGAGAGCAGGACGCAGGGCCAGGCAGGCAGGCUGUCUGUCCAUCUGUCCAUCUGGAGGGAGGGAUGUGGCUGGGGCUGAAAGUCUGACUGCUGCCCCCAUGGACAUUGACGUGGAUCAGGGCUUCGCCAUCGCCUUCGUGGUGCUCACCUGCCUCUUCCUCCUGGCCGUGAUGGUGCGCUGCGCCAAGCUCAUCAUCGACCCCUACAGCGCCAUCCCCACCUCCACCUGGGAGGAGGAGCAGAUCAACUGAGACCCCCCAUCUCCUCCACCUUUAUUCCCAGCA